UUUAGUUAACAUAUCCGGGUGAAAGUGGCAACGUGCUUUUUAUCACAUCCCAGGGUAGUUUGAGUGGCAACUAGCCCCAGUUAUGCCCCUAAUAGUGAUGUGUGGUUAUCCCUGUAGUGGUAAGUCACGAAGGGCAGAAGAGCUGAAGGUGUAUUUUGAAGAAAGCACAGAAAGAAAGGUUCAUAUUGUUGGAGACGGAAGCCUGGGCGUUGAGAAAAACACUGUUUACGCAGAUUCUCAAAAGGAGAAAAAUGUCAGAGCGUCUCUGAAAGCUGAAGUGGAGAGGAAAGUCAACAAGGAUGACAUUGUUAUUCUAGACUCAUUAAAUUACAUAAAAGGCUACCGCUAUGAACUGUUCUGCCUCAUCAAACAUGCACAGACUCCACACUGCUUGGUCUACAGUUUGACGUCCCAUGAAGAGAGCUCAUUAUGGAACACAAACAGAGAUGCUGCUGAUCAGUACAAUCAGGACAUCUUUGACGCAUUAGUUCAGCGAUUUGAAGCUCCGGAUUCCAGAAACCGAUGGGACAGCCCUCUCUUCACUAUCCUGAAAGAUGACACACUUCCAGUUGAAGCCAUUUCUGAUGCACUUUUCAAAAGAAAAGCACCCCCACCGAACCAGUCUACUCAGAGUCAACCACUGUCAUCAGCAAACUUUUUAUACGAGUUGGACAAGAUCACUCAAGAUGUCUUGAUGGGUGUGAGUCGUCAAGAAAAAGUGAACCAGCCAACCGCUGCAGACGUCUUAGGUGCAGGGGCUCUAAGUUCAGCUGUGGUUCACCAGUCAGCCUGUUAGAUGACUCAACAGUUCGAUUCGUUUACAGAUAAGUAUCCAGACCACAAGCCCAAAGAAAGAGAUAAAUCGGAUUAAACAAAAGAACGAUAAAAUAAACCCAUCGCAGUUUUAUCAAUGUGGAAACCAGAAAGCCUUCUCAAACGGGAGACUCGCUGGUGCACACAGCUUCAAAGACAUUCAUAACACUGAACUUCAACAGUCUGACCCUUAAUAGAUGUGACAUUGUGUUUAUGAGUGCAUCUAAAAUCAGUGAUCAUAUUUUUUGCUUGCCUCAUUUUAUUCACUUUUGUCAAUCACGUUGAACUGGUUUUCAGCAUGAGUAACAUCAGUUUAGCAUGAGGUAAAGUGAAUGGGGUCAAGCACAUGCUCAGUGGGCCUUAAAAUCUCUGAUUUCACCAUUGUUUCCAAAUAUUUACACUACAACUGAUUUGAGGGGAACCGGUCUAAAGUCGUUAAAAGUUUGGGGAUAACUACAUUUGGCAUUAGGCAUUUAAACUAUAUGAAUGGGUACUUGCUGUUUAUAAAGAUUUAUUUAAAACACAAUAAAAUCACAGGACUCAGAUGUUGAGCUCAAGAUUCGAGUAAAUGCCCACAAAUAUUAUUAGGUCAGUGAGAUUUUUUCACAGUCAUGGAGUGAAAAUCUACAUCCUGCGAUUAAUGUUAAAGUACUGACUGUGGCUGUGUGAAAUUCCUGGAUCUCAAUGCUAAAAUCCAAAGUGUUGAAAGGAUUAUAAAAACAAUCGACAGCUUUAGCUGUUAACUGCUGACUGUCCAACGUUUAAUAAAAAAUGAAUGCACCCCUGCACGUUGUAAGUUUGGGAAUUUCUGUCUGCCAUUCAUGACAUGAGUAUGGCAUGAUUACCAAAACAAGGCAACAGAGCAAAAUCAGCAAAAAAAAAAUCAAUAAUAAAAAAUAACCUCCUCCUUGUCUUUGUUUUGACAUCGAGCUCAUGUAUUUGUUAGCAUGCCACAUGUUGCACUUCCUUCUUUUUGCGAUUUCACACAGAUCACGGCGUUCUGUUGCACAAUAUCUGCAAAAGUUUCCAGCAAAAUAAAUUAAGAGGAGUAAAUACUUCUCUAAUUCUGAUUCAUUGUUCCUUAUACUCUUUGUAGAGAUCCCUUUUUUAAAAAUUCAUUUUUAUAUGUGUGUUUGAUAAAUGUAA